AUGGCGGAUGACAAAGAGCCUGAGGUGUCUUCCUCUUUGGAGGAUAAUGCGAACGAUGAGUCUACUUUGGAGCGUCUUGGAUACAAACAAGUACUUCACCGUAGCUAUUCUCUGUUCGAGAACUUUUCUACCUCAUUUGCCGCUCUCUACUUCGUUGGUGGUGUGAGAGUAACCUUCUCGACGGGAAUCGCAGCGGGAGGACCACUAGCCUACUGGACAAGCUACAUCGUGACAUGUGUUUUUACUUUCAUCACCGCGGCUGUGAUCGCGGAGGCAUGUUCUGCAUCUCCCACUUCUGGCUCGAUUUACCUCUGGGCUGCAGAAGCCGGUGGGAAAAGGUUUGGGCGCUUCUUUGGCUUUAUUGUUGCUUGGUGGAGUACAACGGCUUGGACCACAUUUUGUGCCAGCAACACUCAGUCGGCCGUGAACUACAUGCUAUCGGAACUGACCGUUUUCAAUGUCGACUUCCCGACUGAUUCCUCGGAUAUCAAGUUUCGCGCAGUCCAGUGGAUCUGCACCGAGGUACUUCUUGCACUCGCUGCAUUGAUGAAUCUCGCCUCUCCCCGUAUCUUCAAAUACGUAUUCUGGUUCUCUACCGGAGCUGUAUUCCUCGACUUUAUCUUGAACGUUAUCUGGCUUCCAGUUGGUGCACAUAACACCUACGGUCUCAGAACCGCACAUGAAGCCUUCAUGACAACGUAUAACGGUACUGGGGCACCGGCAGGCUGGAAUUGGUGUCUCUCUUAUCUUGCCACAGCAGGCAUUCUGAUCGGAUUCGAUGCGUCUGGCCACGUUGCGGAAGAAACUAAGAAUGCUUCCGUGAAUGCGGCCAAGGGAAUCUUUUGGAGUACCAUCAUAAGUGGAGUUUUAGGAUUCACUGCUGUUAUCCUCUUUCUUUUCGCCGCACCCCCGAUUGAUGUUCUUUUCUCCUACGACGCGCCGCAACCAUUUGUCCCGCUCUAUGCUGCUGUCCUCGGUCGUGGAGGUCAUCUUGUCAUGAGUGUUCUGGCAGUGGUAGCACUGUGGCUAAACACUGCCAUUGCAAUCACCGCUGCAUCCCGGCUCGUCUUCGCGGUUGCGCGUGAUGGCGUCCUUCCGGCAUCUAGCUGGGUAUCUCGAGUCUCUCCCGAGGGCCAACCCAAGAAUGCCGUUCUCGUUGUCUGGGGUGUUGCUGCUAUCAUCACUUGCACAAUCCUUCCAUCAGCAGUUGCGUUCACCUCUCUGGUUUCGGCCGCAGGAGUCCCCUCGGCAGCUGCCUACGGACUUAUUAGUCUUGGAAGACUGGUAUUAACGCCUAAUGAGCCUCUUGAGGCAAAGUGGUCACUUGGUCGACUGAGCAAGCCUUUCCAGGUGGUUUCGGUGCUCUGGAAUGGUUGGGUUGUGGCGGUGUUGUUUUCACCUUAUUCUUUUCCUGUGGAGGCAUCUACUUUGAACUAUGCCCCCAUUAUUUUGGCGAUUGUGACUAUCUUUGCGAUUGUUUCAUGGAUUUUCACGCCGGCUGAUGCUUGGGUACCACGAGGACGACUGACGAACCCUGUGGAUCAUGCCGAAUGA